AAGCUACAACCAAUACUGGCGCCACUGGAUCAACGAUUACGGAUCCCAUGGCAACAUCUACACUAGCAACAACCAAUAAUAUUGCCACUGGAUCAACAAUGAUUACAACUCCACCGGAAGAGAUUCUUACUAUAAGUAACAUCACGGCUGUCGGGGCAAAAGGUCAAUUCAUGGGAGUCACAUCUGCAUCAGAUAAAAUGAUAAAGACAUAUGGCGUAAUAAGAAGUUAUCUAAUAUCACCUGGAGUUAGCAAACGUGUGUAUGCAAGACAGAAUUGCCUUCAUCUGGAUUACAAAACAUAUUUUCUCAGGGAAACUGGUGGAUGUGACAAACGAGUAGUCCUCCUCAAAUUUUACAUUCGAUUUUCCUCGUCGGGGUAUAUGAUACAGCUAGCUCAUUUGCUGGGAAACCGAUGUGAAAAUCACGAGUGGAAACGUUUUCAGUUUCAACUUCCAUCCAACGAAGCUUCGUACAAUUUAAUGAUCGAGAGGAGGAAUAUAUUCGAAAUAGAUGUCGCCAUUGACAAUGUACGGGUCGUUGGUGGUGUAUGUCCUGGAGUUACAGAUUGCUCUGGAUUCCAUUGUAACAAUGGGAGAUGCAUUCCUAACAAUAUGUUGUGUGAUGGCAAUGAUGAUUGUGGAGACUUUAGUGAUGAAUCCGCUCCAGCCUGUGCGCCGUCGAUAACCUGCAGCUUUGAAACACCAUUCAGGUGUGGAUGGCACGUUCCAUCACCGGGAAACUGGAUGUAUGGCAGAGCCCUCUCUCCACCUGGCUUUGUGAAUCCUAAAAUUUGGCCAAAAAAUGAUGCCACUUUCACAACACAUUUCAUUCCUGAGUACCAAGCAGGAACUAGAGUAUCCAAAGCAGAUAUAACCAGCUGCGGGACUGAAGUAGUUGAACUGGUGCUGGAUAAAGAAAGUACAUCAGGGCUUCUAUAUUCUCCAAAUUAUGGGCAUGGCAAUUAUCCCAAUGACCAGAAAUGUACGUGGAGAAUCACAACCGACCCUGAUCAUCAUAUCAAAUUGCACUUCCUGACGUUUUUGAUCGAAUAUCACCCUAACUGCGAUUAUGACUCUAUAUCGAUAUAUGAUGGUAGUAGUACUAAGUUAUUUGGACCAUAUUGCGACAGAUCACCACCAGAAGAGUUUAUAUCACCUUCAAAUAUCGUUGAAAUCCGGUUUACUUCUGAUUACACGGCUACUUUUGAGGGAUUUGUUAUUGAAUAUAGUGAAGCGAUAGAUGCUUAUGAGGCUAUUGAUAUCUGUUCUUCAACCAACAAAACCAAAAUAAUAUCAAAGGGGGAAACGACUGAUGUAAAAAGUAGAUGCAGAAAUAAGACUUGCCACUGUGAUAUGAUAUUCGAAACUGAACGUGAUGACCAGGUUGUAGUUGUAGUGUUUUCUGAUGAGUCUUCACCAGAGUAUAGCUGCGAUGAUCGAUAUGUUCAAAUUGCACUGCAUGAUGGAUCAAAUAAUACUGAUUCAGUUUUGAAAUCGUCCUGUUACAACGGAUAUAUGGAGCCAACAGUGUCAUCUGUCAACAAACUCCUGAUGGCUCUAACAUGGAAGGAAAACCACGACGAACGGAACAUUGACACUGUUGAUUUCAAAAUAACUGCAAUAGACAAACCAGGAUCCUUCAUUGGAAAUGCCAUCCAAGUUGUUGAUAUGAAAGAAUCGUUUAAGAGUCCAAAGAUUACAACGAACGUUGCAGUAUAUUUGAAGUUUUCGUAUAUAUUGUACAAUGGACAAGUCAAAAUCUGGAAGUCUACUGCCAAAUCAAAAAUACUACUGGACCAAUUUUUUAUGGGAGUACCAGAAGGAAAUGCAUCAUCGUCGUCUACAUGGAUGACACGAUCUGUCAAUGUUCACGAUGGAAGUACUAGUAAGAUU